UGUUCUGACCGAAUCUUUUUUAGAGCGAUUGUAAUUUAACACAUAAUUCGAUGACAUUUUGCACACGAAAACUGCAUUCAGCAUCAUAUGAAAAGAAAUCAAUGUCACCUCUGUCGCUGCUGUCACGCUCAUUCUUGACAACGAGGGUCACCACUGGGGUUCGGACAGAAAUAUCAAGCAACAGAUAAUCCGAAGGAUCAACAGUUUGAUUAAAGGUUACAAUACACAAUCCCACUGGAGCUCGUUCAAUAAGGUUAUCUGUGUCAUGCAGCAGAAAGUGUGCACACGCAACACAGUGCUGUUUGUGAAGAACGGGCAGGUGUGUGGAGCCGGAGCCCCUCCUCAACUUCCUUUCCGCUGCCCUCGAUGUGGAGAGCAUGAACGAUUCCACAGUCUUUCUUCUCUCAGAGCUCACCUAGAAUACAGCCACCCGUUCCACACUAAACAUGACAUCAGCCUCCUAUCCACAAGGGAUCUCUCUAACACAGAGCGCAUGGAAAGUUGCAGACCCUCCAAUUCCGACAUGCAUAAAGUACAUGAUGCCGGCACGAAUGCUAAUUCCACUGCUAGAGGAGAGCACAAGCACUUAUUCGGUGCUGACCAAACUCCAUCGCAGCAGCCCGCAGAGCAAAAGCUCACGCCCCCAGAGAGGAGCCUCAGUAUUGGGGACGCGUCGGCCGGAGCCGGAGCCGGACCCCUCUCGGCUCCUGUGGCGUCAGUGGAGAAGAGGCUGGAGGGGAUGAUGAGGACAGCCAAUAGCAGCAUGGAGCGACGUCUGCUGCGGCUGAGCUCAGAGCUGGCACAGACAGACACGGCUAUCCUGUGUGAGCGCGCUCACUGGCAUAACCUGGCCCAGGAGAAACAGGAAGUGCUGGAGCGAGAGCGGGCGCUCAGCCGACAGGUAGACACUGCCGUUAUGGUGAUCGCCACACUGAGGCAGCAGCUCAGCAUCUCAGAGCACGAGUUGGAGAGGAGAGAACAGGAAGUUAUUACCAUCCAGAAGUUUCUGGAAGCAGCGGCGCAGCAUGAGAUGUGUGGGAAGGUUCGUUUGCGUCAGUUCAUUGAGAGCCUCUUGCGGAGGAUUUUCCUGGCCGAGAGACUACUGGAAUAUUAUCAGAGCGUCCCCCACAGGCAUUAUUGCACGGCUCAAUCUGUGCCUCUGCCAUCAGAGCCCGGUCCACACAGAAUAACACAAAGCAGCUCUUCAGGAGACCAUCUUGAGCAGGAUGAAGAGCAGCAGUUACUUGGUCAGUCUGGAUGGGGACUGUCUAAAGGUUCUUCUGAGAGACUGGGUUACGACAGCUGGUCCCAGCAGAGGACGUCAGAUGGGUAUGAGGUUUAGGGACAGAAGUGGAGCUUAGCAAUGAAUGUACAUGCAAAUAACACUAUUUCAGAUAUUACUGAAAUAUGUUGAAUAUAUUAAUAAUUAUA